AUGACGCGUAAAGCCCCAUCUCAAAACGAAAAAAAUGGGAAUGUAAAAAGACAUACUACGCGUGAGUGUAUUUCUAUCCAUGUUGGUCAAGCCGGAGUCCAGAUUGGAAAUGCUUGCUGGAGUCAGAAAGAUGAUCAUGUCAAAGGAACAGCCUCAACAGGAGAUGAUGACUCGUUCAAUACAUUUUUCAGUGAGACUAGAUCUGGGAAGCAUGUUCCACGAGCGGUCUUUGUGGACUUGGAACCAACCGUUGUUGAUGAGAUUCGUACCAGCGAUUAUCGACAUUUAUUUCAUCCCGAGCAGCUUAUAACUGGUAAAGAAGACGCCGCGAACAACUACGCAAGAGGGCACUAUACCAUAGGGAAAGAAUUGGUGGAUUUGGUUUUGGACCGAAUUAGAAAACUUACGGACCAGUGCAGUGGGUUACAAGGAUUUCUCAUUUUCCACUCCUUUGGUGGUGGAACUGGCUCCGGUUUUGCUUCUUUGUUGAUGAAAAGACUUUCUGUAGAAUAUGCAAAGAAGUCGAAACUGGAAUUUGCGGUUUAUCCUGCUCCUCAAGUUUCAACAGCAGUGGUAGAUCCGUACAAUUCAAUUUUGACGACGCACACCACCCUUGAGCAUUCCGACUGCGCCUUCAUGGUUGAUAAUGAGGCGCUAUACGACAUUUGUCGCCGCAAUUUGGACAUUGACAGACCGAGCUAUACCAACCUGAACAGAUUAGUGGGGCAGAUAGUUUCAUCCCUCACCGCGUCAUUAAGAUUUGACGGAGCCCUCAAUGCGGAUUUGACCGCAUUUCAGACCAACUUGGUGCCAUAUCCACGAAUUCAUUUUCCGCUGGUGACUGACGCUCCGGUGAUAUCAGCAGAAAAAGCAUCCCGCGAACAACAUUCCGUAGCGGAAAUUACAAAUGCUUGCUUUGAACCCUCCAAUCAAAUGGUCAAAUGCGAUCCUCAUCGGGGAAAAUAUAUGUCUUGCUGCAUGCUAUAUAGAGGAGAUGUUGUUUCUAAGGAUGUGAACGCGGCUAUCCUUAACGUCAAAACUAAGCGAACCAUACAAGUGAACUGGUUUCUUGUCGGCAUCAACUACAAAGCUCCAACAGUAGUCCCAGGUGGAGAUUUAGCAAAGGUGCAGAGGGCAGUUUGCAUGCUCAGCAAUACAACCGCAAUAUCAGAAGCCUGGGCUAGACUCGAUCACAAAUUUGACCUGAUGUAUGCAAAGCGCGCUUUCGUACACUGGUACGUUGGAGAAGGCAUGGAGGAAGGAGAGUUCUCAGAAGCUCGUGAGGAUCUAGCAGCAUUGGAAAAAGACUACGAGGAGGUUGGUGUAGAUUCCCCAGAAGGUGCCGGUGAUGAAGAUGAUGAAUAUUAG